AUGCAGCAACCAAACGCAAGACUGGAGGACGACUCAAGACUCGCGGAUGUUCAUCCUUCAUGCCGGGGCCUUGUGUUGAAACAACAAGGAGCGAGCGGUGUGCUCCGCGUCCAUCACCAACGUCGUGACAUUCGUGAUCUGAGCUUUCCUACCGGGGAGGCAGGCAAGGGCGUCGCGUCGUUCUCAACAAUUCAAUGGGCCCGGGCUCUACGAAACGAAGGAGUGCCUGUGCAGCGAGAGACAGCUUCUCGCGAGUCACAAACUCCCGACAUCGGGACGCUACGCGGUCGUUACCACAAAAGAAAAGCCUUUCCCAUCCGCCUCAAGUUGUCCUCUGCGGGGCACUGGGAACGUUUCGAGAAGCCCAACUUGCACCAACUUUAUCUUCCACCUGUCAUUAUUAAUGACUUUGACGAUCAUGUGGUGGAAGGUCCCCACACACCGAGAUUACCGGCAGGCCUUGCAGACUCGGUUCCAGACUCUCCCGAUGUUCCUCUCCUCCAGGGCGGGCUUUAUGUUGCUCCCAUGGAUGAUGGAGUACAUAUGGGGAGGAAUCCUGUAUCCCCAGAUCCUCCUGCAACCUGA